AUGCUGACCAUCACGCAAAAAACGCCGAAAAGAAAUCGCAAACGCUUUUCUCUAAAACGACGUGUGUCCUUGGGUGAACAAAUCACCUGCUUAUGCAUGCUUUAUUUUUCGUUGGCUCUUUAGAGGCCAUACGAUUAAUGGGCCCCCUUUUCGAUACCGAAAAGGGGGGGGUAGGUGCGAUCGGUCAUCUGGCCGUGUCCAAACAUGGCCGCUUCCCUCCGGACCCGACCAAUUUUCGGACUUCAAAAGCCAAAAUGUGGCUCCGUAGCUCCCCCACCCCGAAAUAAAUUUUUGUUUUAUUUGCUGACUGCGGUUCUUUCUCAGCUUUCAUCUCCUCUGUUGGUUGCGGUUUCUGCGGUGUGGUUAGAACAGGACCUAGUACACAACGCAAUUUUUGUAGGGCGCGCGCUGCGCGCGCGCGGGUCGGCAUAUGCGUAUGGCAGCAAAAAAAGCUUCGCGGGGCGCGCGAUGCCCCAGCGCAAACUGAAGAAAAAAAUCGCGGCGCGCGCUACGUGCCGCGCAGCGGAGCACAUGCUGCUUAUGUGGCUACAUGCCGGCGCGUUGCAACAAAACAUCUGCAAGCGAGCUGUAACGAAUGAAGAAAGAAGAAGUCGCAGCAAAACAUACAAAGUUUAGAUCGUGAAACCGCAGUAGUGAAGGAGAUAGUGACAAACUUUAGAAAAUAGACGGCCCGCCCCCACACCCUUUUUUCCGAGGAGGGCAGGCCGCGUUUGAAUUGAUGGCGUCAUCGACUCCGCGCCUGCGUUGUUUUUGUGCAGUAGAGCUACUUUGCAGCGAAUGCACAACCAAGCGCCGCCCUGAAGUAGAAGAAAAGAAAGAACCAAGGGGAAUCGCAACAACAGUAAAAACUGCCCGCAGCGUUUCGGAAGCCGCCGCGGCACAAAAAGGGCGAAAGCAAUUAUAGCGAAAAAAACGCGCCUCCGCUUUUUCCGAGGAGGCCACACGGGCUGAGUUUGAUUUUGAAAAGGCAGUCGCUUUGCCGCGUCAAGAAAGGAAAAGGAUAUCUGCCUCGCAGUAAUUUGCCACGCUGAACUGGGCUCCGAGGACAUAUCGGCCUCAGUGGUUGCAGUGGCCAUCUCAACUCCUCCACAUUUAGGAAGUAGUGCGGUGGUGGCCGCUUCAACAGCCCGAGGGCUCGCGCAGUUCUGCGUCACAUAUUUCGCCCUGCUUCUGAUCUACUGCGCAGCACCUACAACUGCGUUCUUCUGUGCAGUAGAGCUACGUCGCAGCUGUACUGUGCCCAAGCUACUGCGACAUAGCUCUCUUUUUGGGCUUUACUUUGAGAAACGGCGGUGGGAUUCUUUUCCGAAACAUAGAGCGCAUUUGUUGCACUUUCUUCCAUUGUGGCGAGCGACACACUACCUGGAGCCGCUCUUGUUAAGAAAAAACGAAAGUCAAGUGAAGACUUACACCACAGCACUGGCGGUGUGUGCUUCGCCUGCUGCCGUGAGCCUUGUAAGUGUAAGAAAGCGCCGCCUGUGGCGGUGUUUUUCAGAAAAGCAGCGAAAGGCGUGAGACACGCCGUACCGCCGGGAUUCAGAGUCGCGAUAGGCUUCGCGAUAAACGGCCCCCGGAUUUCGAAAAGGGGGGCGUAGGGGGGUAAGCUCGGUCAGAUUCGCGCUUCUGCCCCCCUUUUCGGUAUCGAAAAGGGGGUCGAUUAAUCGUACAGCCUCUUAACUUUAUCCAUAUCCCGCCUCCCGGACGGAGGAGUAGCAAGCAAAGCCAAAGCCACCUGCAGCCGCACUUCUACAGGUACUACAGUACCGGGUCACUUUUCUUUCAUCCCCGCACAGUACCCCAGUAAGAGUAAAAAUAGGAAAGCGCACAGAAGUAUCAAUGGAAUCUGUGCAAACUUUUUUAGGAAGUUGCCCCCCGCCAAGAAGAAGUUCCUCCCUUUAUCUGUUCCCCCUCGUCCCUUUAUCCCGAUGAAGGGAAAGUUUCCUCUUCCUUUCGCUGUUGUACGUGGUACAGGCAAAAAUAUUUCUACAAAACCCGCUACAGCACUAAGGAUUUUUCAGAGCAACGAUCGACAUGCCAUAACUGACACCUUUUGCGUGCGUGUGACUUCUACAUUAAUUAUACACACUCCCCGAGGUGGCAGAGGAAAUCUAAGGUAUGCGUAUGUCCAUGUACUGCUUCCAAUUUCAGUAUUCCGAGGAAGAACAACGAAGUAG